GUAAAGCUUGUUGUAAUGACUGAUGGUGUUGUGUGAAGGCUCUGCCAUGAAUGCGUGUAAGGAGAGAAGGGGGGGAGCCCCUCCCUUUAAAACCACUCUUUGGGGGGGACAUGGCAACAAGAUCAAAGCUCAAAGGUCAGAGUGGCACCCUGAAGGGCCCGGACCUGAACCUAGCCAGCCGUCUGUCAAGAAGCUAAUGAUGAUGUUUGAAACUCAUGAGGACAAAGAUGGAAAGCACUCUGAUACGAGGCUAAAGCAGCAGCUGAAACUACUAUCAGAGGGACAUGAACCUGCUCCCAGCUGUAUGUCCUUCAGGAGUGACCGGUCCAAAGGUGGAGAUAUUCUCUUUAAGGAUGGACGUCAGUCUGGUCAUCAAAAGGUCAAACCAGACUCUAAACCUGUUCCCAGCUGUCUGUCCUACAAGAGUGACAAGUCCAAAGGUGGAGAUAUUCUCUUUAAGAAUGGCCAACAGUCCGAUCGUCAAAAUGCCAAAUAUGAGAGACCAGGUUCUGCUGAACAUGAACCGAGCUGUUUGUCCUUCGGGAGUGACCAGUCCAAAGGUGGAGAUAUUUUCUUUAAGGAUGGUCGACAGCCUGGUCGUCAAAUAGUCAAACUAGACUCUACUAAACCUGAACCAAGCUGUUCGUCCUCAAGAAGUCACAAGUCCAAAGGUGGAGAUAUUCUCUUUAAAAAUGGUCGACAGCCUGGUUGUCAAAAGACCCAACAGCAAAAACCAGUUUACAACAAGGAGAUAUCCAGAGCUCUGCAGAAGAGACCAGGGACUCCCAAUGGUCAGUCUGGCCAUCAUCAACAAACACAGCUGAACUCCAUAUUUAUGCUGCUUGAGGAGAACAUAGUGAGUUUUGUAAAGAGUGAGCUGAAGAAGAUCCAGGAAUCUCUGGGUGUAGAUUACCAAGAAUGCUUAGAGAGUCAGAGGAAGGAUGAAGAGGUGUUGGAGGAUGGGGAGGAGGAGAAGCAGAAGAAGAGCAGCAGAGAGGCUUUUUUGAAGAUCACUCUGAACUUCCUGAGGAGAAUGAACCAGGAGGAGCUGGCUGAUUGUCUGCAGAGCAGAACCAUUGCUCCGUUAUGCAGCCAUAAACUGAAGUCUAACCUGAAGGACAGGUUCCAGUGCGUGUUUGAGGGGAUCGCUAAAGCAGGAAACCCGACCCUUCUGAAUGAGAUCUACACAGAGCUCUACAUCACAGAGGGUGGGACUGGAGAGGUCAACAAUGAACACGAGAUCAGACAGAUCGAAACAGCAUCCAAGAGGCCACAGAGGCCAGAAACAACCAUAAAACAGGAAGACAUCUUCAAAGGCUUACCUGGAAGAGACAAACCAAUCAGAACAGUGAUGACUAAGGGAGUGGCUGGCAUUGGGAAAACAGUCUUAACCCAGAAGUUCACUCUGGACUGGGCUGAAGAGAAAGUCAACCAGGACAUCCAGUUCACUUUUCCAUUCACUUUCAGAGAGCUGAAUGUGCUGAAAGAGAAAAAGCUCAGCUUGGUUGAACUUGUUCACCACUUCUUCUCUGACACCAAAGAAGCAGGACUCUGCAGGUUUAAAGAGUUCAAGGUUGCGUUCAUCUUUGACGGUCUGGAUGAGUGUCGACUUCCUCUGGACUUCCACAACAAUAAGAUCCUGACUGAUGUCACAGAGCCCACCUCAGUGGAUGUGAUCCUGACAAACCUCAUCAGGGGGAAACUGCUUCCAUCAGCUCACCUCUGGAUAACCACACGACCUGCAGCAGCCAAUCAGAUCCCUCCUGGGUGUGUUGACAUGGUGACAGAGGUCAGAGGGUUCACUGACCCACAGAAAGAGAAAUACUUCAGGAAAAGGUUCAGAAAUAAAGAAGAGGCCAGCAGGAUCAUCUCCCACAUCAAGACAUCCAGAAGCCUCCACAUCAUGUGCCACAUCCCGGUCUUCUGCUGGAUCGCUGCCACAGUUCUGGAGGAUCUGCUGAAGAGCACAGAGGGAGGAGAGCUGCCCAAGACCAUGACUCAGAUGUACAUCCACUUCCUAGUGGUUCAGACCAAAAUGAAGAACAUCAAGUAUGAUGAGGGGAUGGAGACAGAUCAUCACUGGAGUCCAAAGAGCAGAAAGAUGAUCGAGUCUCUGGGCAAACUGGCUUUUGAGCAGCUGCAGAAAGGGAACCUGAUCUUCUAUGACUCAGACCUGAUGGAGUGUGGCAUUGAUAUCAGAGCAGCCUCGGUGUACUCAGGAGUGUUCACACAGGUCUUCAGAGAGGAGAGAGGACUGUACCAGGACAAGGUGUUCUGCUUCAUCCAUCUGAGUGUCCAGGAGUUCCUGGCUGCUUUUCAUGUCCAUCUGACCUUCGUCAACUCUGCAGUCAAUCUGAUGUCUGAAGAACAACCACCACCCAGGAUCUCUAAGCUUCGCCAUCUCCAUCAGAGUGCUAUUGACCAGGCCCUGCAGAGUCCAAAUGGACACCUGGAUUUGUUCCUCCGGUUCCUCCUGGGUCUUACACUGGAAAGCAAUCAGAAUCUUCUCACAGGUCUAAUGACAAAAAUAGGAAGUGACUCACAGACCAAUCAGAAAACAGUCAAGUACAUCAAGAAGAAGAUCAGUAAGGAUCUGUCUGCAGAGAAAAGCAUCAAUCUGUUCCACUGUCUGAAUGAACUGAAUGAUCGUUCUCUAGUGGGGGAGAUCCAGCAGUCCCUGAGAUCAGGACGUCUCUCCACAUAUGAACUGUCUCCUGCUCAGUGGUCCGCUCUGGGCUUCAUCUUACUGUCAUCAGAGAAAGAUCUGGAUGUGUUUGACCUGAAGAAUUACCCUGCUUCUGAGGAGGCUCUUCUGAGGCUGCUGCCAGUGAUCAAAGCCUCCAACAAAGCUCUGCUGAGUGGAUGCAACCUGUCAGAGAGAAGCUGUGAAGCUCUGUCUUCAAUCCUCAGCUCCCAGUCCUCCAGUCUGAGAGAGCUGGACCUGAGUAACAACAAUCUGCAGGAUUCAGGAGUAAGGCUGCUGUCCUCAGGACUGGAGAGCCUACACUGUAAACUGGAAUCUCUCAGAAUGAGUGGAUGCAGCCUGUCAGAGAGAAGCUGCAAAGCCCUGUCUGCAGUCCUCAGCUCCCAGUUCUCCAGUCUGAGAGAGCUGGACCUGAGUAACAACGUGCUCCAGGAUGCAGGGGUGAAGCUGCUGUGUGCUGGACUGGAGAGUCCACACUGUGAACUGGAAACUCUCAGUCUGUCAGGCUGUCUGAUCACGAAGGAAGGUUGUUCAUCUCUAGCAGUAGCUCUGAAGUCCAACCCCUCCCAUCUGAAAGAGCUGGACCUGAGCUACAAUCAUCCAGGAGAAUCUGGAGCAAAACUACUGUCUGCUGGUGUGAAAAAUCCACAAUGGAGACUGGACACUCUCAGGGUGGACCAUGGUGGCGAGCAGUGGUUAAAGCCUGGUCUGAACAAGUAUUUCUGUGAACUCAGAGUAGACCCAAACACAGUGAACGGAAACCUCAAACUGUCUGACAACAACAAGAGGGUGACGUGUGUGGAGGAGGACCAGCUGUAUCCCGAUCAUCCAGACAGAUUUGACUACUUUUCUCAGCUGCUGUAUAGAGAUGGUCUGACUGGCCGGUGUUACUGGGAGGCCGAGUGGAGUGAAAAGGUUUCGGUAGCAGUGAGUUACAGACGAAUCAGAAGGAAAGGAAGCAGUCGGAAAUGUCUGUUUGGGUACAAUGAUCACUCCUGGAGUCUGGUUUGCUCUGAUGACGGUUUCUAUGUUUGGCACAAAUGCAGAAUAAUAGCUCUCCCUUUCUCCUCGCCUGUCACCUCUGGUAGAGUAGCAGUGUAUGUGGACUGUCCCGCGGGCACUCUGUCCUUUUACAGUGUCUCCUCUGACGGGCUGAUCCACCUCCACACCUUCACUACCACCUUCACUGAACCUCUCUAUCCUGGGUUUGGGUUUGGCCGUGAUGACUCCUCAGUGUCUCUGUGCUCCCUGUAGGAAGGAGAGAGAUGGAGUCGCCUCUUCUCUUUGCAAAUAACAGCUACUGGGUGCUGUUAGAGAAAAUCAGAGCUUGUAAUGUGAUUAAUAUUGCUGUCAAUAGCUGCAACAAAAGCUUGUUUUCGGUUUGUUUAAAUGCUUUCCAGUGUAACAGACAGCAGUGGCAAUAUGAUAUCAUAUGCACCGAUAACUAUGUUGACUGACCAGUAUAACUGAAAUAGUAUUUUUCUGCUGAGUCAUUCAGAGACAGCAUAGUCAUUUUUUCUGUUUUUUUUUUUGAGAACUUUUGAGGAGGAAGGAUAUAGGAGAGGGGUCCGGCUGCAGACUGUAGAUCUCAGACGGCCCUCUCGCAGACUGUUAAUCUCUGACACUGCAUCUGUCAGAACAAAAAUCCUAAAACUUUGAAAAUAAAGUCAAAUUAAACUUCUGUUAAGGAUUAGGAUACCAAAAGUUCAAAACCUGGGCUGCAAAACCUGAUUAUAAAACGUUAAAUAAAACCAAGUAAAAGGUCUGCUUACAGGAAAAAAGCACAUCCUCCAUUAAAAACGCUCUCAUGUAGCUUAUGUAGCUCUGUUACCUGCUUAAGCUAUAUAGAUAAAGAGCUAAGUAGCUAAAGCUAAAGCUUGCGCUCAUGGAUAGCUAUAUGGACAAAGCUAAUGUUAGCUAUGUAAGCUACGUAAGCUACAGUAUAUAUAGAUUACAUUGUAAGCUCCAUUGGCUUACAUAGUAACGUUAACUUUGUCGCAAGUGUAGCUAUGUAAGCUGUAGCUAAAGCAAGCCACUGUUUGCGCGUCACUUCUGCAUAAUGUACAUUACUAUGUUAGCUGUAGCAUUGGUUGCUGAGGCUCAAACUGUUAAAGCUAACCUAGCUACAUUUGCUUACAUAGUAACAUUAACUUCACAGCUAGGGUAGAUAUGUUAGCUUUAGCGAAAGCUAAUGAAGCCAAAGCAAGCCACUGUUUUGCAUUACCUCUACAUAAUGUACAUAGCUUACAUUGCUGUGUUAGCUGUAGCAUUGAUUUGCUAAAUCUAACCUAGCUACAUUGGCAUGGUCUCUACAUAAUUUACCCCACUGAUCACAUCAGGCAAGCAUGAAAGCCGCUAGAAUGAAAGUUUACAAAAGCAUGGACAAUUGUUGAACCACUGCCCUAGGCUAUGCUCACUGGCCACAUCCACCCCUUAUCCUGCCCUAAAGGUAUGGACUUUGUUAUUUUUUCAACAGAUUAUUUACCCAUGUCCAUGGUAACAUGCAAGGACAUCCAGAGCAUGACUAGGGUUGUGUCAAUCCUCCUUCAUGACUGAUGGUGCCCUUAGAUGCCUUACUUCAGCCUCCGUUUUUGUUCUACAGCGUACUCUAUAUCAACAUGUUUUUAUAGAUUUGUUCUGUUGGUUACCCUUUACAUCUGUCCGUCGGAUUUUACAAUUUUUGAGCCACAAAAAAGUGUCAAGAAGAGCUUUGCCAAAAUCCUGUAAUUCCAAGGGUCCAAAAGCUGUCGACAAGACCACCACUGUGGAACUCAAAGUAAGCAAACAGAGGAGAUAUGUACCUGGGCUAAAUAACACUUAAAGACUGCAUUUGUAAAUUGCACAUGCUAAGCUAAUGGUGAAUACGUUGUUUGAGUCCCAUGUUUUUCAUGCUGAAAACGUGCAGAUAUUUACUUUGGAUCUUUAACUGAAAUUCCGUUUAAUGCCUUGUCUUAAUAUUUGUUGGGAGGAAACUGGU